AUGACCACAUACCAAGGAAAGUGCCACUGCGGCCAUCACGAGUGGGAGGUCAAGCUCGAGCAAGACCAACAGAAGCACAUCCUUUGCCAUUGUGACACCUGCAAGAUUCUCGGCGGUGGCGCCUCGACCAUGAACCAGAUCAUCCCUAAAUCCGCCCUGAAGAUCACCAGCGGUGGUGAGCCAAGCAAGUACGCCUACAAGGGCGACAGCGGCAAGUCUGUCAGCUGCUACUACUGCCCCAAGUGCACUUCGCACAUCUACCACCACCAGGAGGUUAUGGGUCCGGACACCAUCAUUGCCCGUACUGCCCUCCUCGCGGAGGCUCGCAAGAACUUCGACGUUGGCGCCGAGAUCUACGGCAAGGCGAAGAUGAAGUGGGAGAAGGAGAUUGCCCAGACCUUCGAGACUCUGCCCCCAUCAUAG